AUGUCGUUCGGGUUCAUUGGACUCGGCAAUAUGGGCUCCAUGAUGAGCCACAACCUGGCAUCGUACGCCCAGUCCCAAGGUCUCCCGAAAGUGCAGAUAUGGAACCGGACACGCAGCAAGAGCGAGACAUUGGCGGCGAACAGCUACUGCGAGGCCGUCGAUUCCAUAUCCGACGUGGUUCAGAAAUGUAACAUUAUCCACACCUGCCUGGCCAACGAUGAAGUGGCCCUGUCAGUGUACCGCGAGCUUCUUCAGGCACGCAAACACGGAUUGAUCCUGGUCGACCAUUCAACUCUGUUCCCCACCACCUCGACGGCUCUGGAGAAAGAAGCCCGGGACGCCGGCGCAUCAUUCAUGUCUUGCCCGGUCUUUGGACCGCCUGCUGCCGCGAAGAGCGCCGGGCUGUUGAUUGUCCUUUCCGGCACGGAAGAAGCGAGGCAGACGGUGAAGUCGUACAUUGUCCCGACCCUCGGCAAGGGCGUGAUAGAUUGCGGCGAAGACACCUCCAAGGGUGCCCUCCUGAAGAUCCUGGGAAAUAAUUGUAUCCUGGGCACGAUUGAGCUCCUGUCCGAGAGCUUUACCUUGGCUGAGAAGACCGGCUUCGACACUGACAUCUUUUACGAGUUUAUCCAACAAUGGUUCCCUGCUGCAGCCUGGGUCAACUAUGGCAAGAAGAUCCGCGAUGGCGCGUUCAGCGGCAAAACAGGCUUUACCUUGCCCGGAGGAAUGAAGGAUGCUGCCUACAUCCGUCGUCUUGGGGCCGAGACAUCCACACCGACACCCAUCAUUGACCAAGCCUGGAAUCACUUGACCACGGCAAAAGCCAUCGGGGGAGAAUCACUGGACUGGAGUGCCUGUGCCGCUGGGAUGAGGGUCACUGCUGGGUUAAAGCCAUUCAAGGGCGAGGAUUUCUCGUUGCAAGGAGGCCACGUCAAUGGAAUUAAUGGGAAAUAA